AUGCUUCACUCGCAAAGAGCUGUCACAGCCAGGUGCUACCACUUCUCCUGUAGUUUCGCAGGCGUGCAGAGCUUUCCCGAUGCUGAUAGCUGUUGUCCGUACCCUCAGCCUUCUGGCCUGCUUGAGCAGGCCAUCGGCUCUGCAAUUCCACCCGCUGGCACUGCCUUCGCGGGCGCUUCCGCGGGCGCCGUCUCGGCAGCCCCUGCAGGUUCCGAGAAUGAGCCAAGGGAAGCGAAGACGAAGCGCCGGAUGCUCAUGCCCAAGAACAUCAAGUGGCGAAAGCCUCACAAGCCUCCAGUCAAGCCAUGGGACACGAACAGGUGGAAGUACAAGGGCGAGGCCUGGAGGGGCAACAAGCCCUACUUCGGCAAGUAUGCCUUGCAGAUCCUCGAGGAGGCAUGGAUUAAUGCACCGAACAUCGAGGCCUGCCGUCGUAUGAUGGUGCGAACUCUGCGACGUGAUGGCGGAAAAGUGUGGCUGCGAUGCUUCCCGCAUUCGGCCAUUACAUGGCGUGGAAAAGAAACACGAAUGGGCGGCGGCAAGGGCACCAUCCAGUACUGGGUUCAGGCUGUCCGGCCUGGAUACAUCCUUUUCGAGGUGGAUGGUUGCACUGAGGAAACUGCACGCCGAGCCUUCCACUACAUGAUGAAGUACCUGCCCUUCAAGACGAAGUUCCUCAUCAAGGAAGGCCCUUCUCGCUUUGAGCUGGGUCUGGCAGGCAGCCUGAAGAGCAAGAAGCACAUCCCGGAAGAGUUCCGCAAGAAGUCUGAUGCCGACUAA